GUGAUCUUCCCCGCGUUCUUCCUUUGCUACUCCGCAAUACAUCACACGACUGGCUUAGAAAGCAUACGUGGGUAGAUUGGAAUACUUUCAAACAAGCCUUUUUGGCCCGAUUCGAUAAGUGGAUUCAAUGUCUGAUGGGUAUCUGCAACGCCCCCGCGAGCCACGAACAUGGCUUUUCAGAAUUUCGUGCGGAAGACUCGUUUGGCGCAGAGCAUCAUCAACUACUGCGUGAUUGUGUACAUGGAUGACAUCUUGGUGUACUCGAGUUCCUACGAGGGACACGUGCAGCACAUCGAAUGGGCACUGCACGCGUUACGAGAUGCGGGUUUCAAAGUGGCGCUUGAGAAGUGUCAGUUUUUUCUUACCACCAUUUCCUUCUUGGGACACGUGGUGACAGACAAGGGACUCCAACCGGAGCCGCAGAAAGUGGCAGCUGUCAGGAAUGCGCCGGUGCCUACAACUAUCAUGCAAGUUCGCGCCUUUUUGGGCCUGGCCUCGUACUACCGAAGAUUUAUCAAGGGCUUCACGACGAUUGCGGGACCCCUCACAAAUCUGUUUCGCAAAGAUCAGCCGUUGAUCUGGACGCCGCAGUGCGAUCAAGCGUUUUCCAAACUCAAGGCCGCUCUCAUUUCGGCUCCGGUCCUUAUAAGACCGGAUCCCGAAAAGGCUUUUGUUCUCAUCGCUGACUGGCAGCCAGAAGCAAUUUCGGCGAUCCUUGCCCAGGUGGGACCAAGCGGACUUGAGAAUGUGGUGGAGUAUGCGUCCAAAUCGGUGCCCGCCUGCAAGCGCAACUACGCCGCUCCAACGGGAGAAUGCUACGCGGCUCUCUGGGGAAUCAGUCACUUUCGUGCUUACUUCUACGGGCGAAAGUUCACCUUGGUAACCGAUCAUGAGCCCCUGUUGGCUCUGAAGAAAUCGAAGGAUUACUCGGGCAUGAUCGGGCGAUGGACAACGGUGCUGCAGAGCAUGGACUUUGACAUUCGUCAUCGGAAGCACGAGAGACACGGGAAUGCGGACGGACUUACACGACUGCACCGACCUGAGAAAGUCCCGAAGAGUGAGGGGGUGAUUCCGUGGAACAAGCCCGAACAGGAGAUCGGACCUCGGUACGGCCAAAUGGAGAUCUUAUCAAAGCAUUCAUUGGCGAGCGGCUCCCAGAACGAGCCACGUCACCACGGUUGCGGAACUUGCGGCGUUCAGCGGCGACAUCAGCUCGGUCAAUCCGCAGAGGCAUACCGCGAUCUUGACUUCGCUGUGCGAGUGGACGGAGCAGGUGUCCGGCUCCCUCUUAUCAAUCCUGGGCAUUGGCGGCAGUGGCGUGAAACUUUUGACGAAUUGUCCUUCUGCUUGGCCCGAGUAUGGGUAACGUGGACGCGAACCUACGAGCGUCCUGCAUGGAUCGAGAGUGUGGAACUGCUGAUCAUACAGGCUUGGAGAUCUAACAUGGAGGGCGAUCUUCUUGGCUUUCUCUUUGGAUCGGUACAGCCGGGGCGCCGCCAGCGGAUUGCGCAGGAGCUCAUUGAGCCGAUUGUGCAAUUGGCGGACGAUCUCUCGCCCGACAUCGAUUCGCAGAGUGACGAAAGUCCUGCUCCGCACGUUCUCGAGCGGUCAUUGGAUCCAUAUCUUCAGUGGACUGCGUGCUUGGAGGAGCCCAGGGACGAAGAUACGUUGCUGUCGCGGCAGGAGUAUCGGAAGCCGUACAAUAUCAUCCCUCACGCCUUCUAUCCGAGGGCAGAGGAAGUGGUGAUCGACGACGACGACGAAGAGGACGAAGACGAGGAAACAUCGAAGGAGGGAAGCUAUAGCGGAUAUAGCGAGGGUGAGCUGAGUGAAGAAGAAGAGGAGGAAGAAGAAACCGGGUCUGAGUGGGAAUCUUUGCCGGAGGAAGCAACGCGCAUGGGAACGGAGGCGGAAGAUCCGGAAGCAGUGCGAAAGCGAGAAGAAAUCACCACCAGGAAGCGCCAGCUGGAGUUCGCCAGCGGAGCCAGCCUGCGCAUCGAUAACGACCUGACCAGAGAUCCGGAGCCGCCAAAGCCCGAAGAUGGCGAUCCUACAACCGCCACCUCAAGUACCGCUCGACGGAGACAGAGCCGAUCCCCCUCCUCCUCCAGCCCCACCCGUCCCCCAGUUCGCCCACGUACCGAUGCGGGCGAUAGGCCUUCGUCCUCCGACGCUAUCCCGCCGACCUCUUGAUUUUCUCACCCUCGAACAAAUCCGCACCCCCGUC